AUGGCCGGUCUCAGCUCGUACUAUGAGACGCUUGGGGAGACUUGGGAGUUCGAAGAGUCGCGUUCUGGGGACUCCGAGAACUCAAGCGAAGGGCGUCUCAGGAAUCGCUGGUCGCGGCCGGGCAGCGCCGCAACGGGCGGCAUCAGCAGCGACUCCGUCUUUGAGGAGAAGGCGGCGACGGGCGACGAGCGAGGCUGGAGCUCACCAUGGGAUGGGUGGGCUGAAGAUGGAUCCUGGCAGGGUACCCCUGCGAGGUUGAGUGCUUGGCGGGAGGAGGAGAAUUGGAGCUACGCGGUCCAGCGGCGAGAUCGUCCUCGGGACCGUCGGUGGGACAAUGAGAACUGGAGCUUCACGGGCUCCGGUGGGGGACUGCGACAAAGAAGUGGUCACGGGGACUAUGAGAAUUGGAGUUGGAAGGAUGGCUGCGACGCCGACAGCAGCGUAGCUACGCCAAGUUGGGGGAACUGGGAGGUGGACUAUGUGGACAAGAAGAAGGAGGCCGGCUCGGAGGCAUCGUCUAUGGCGGCGAUCGAGGAGGAGUCCGACAAGGCCUCGAGUGCUAAACUGGUCGGGGAGACUACGGAGAAGAAGCCUCCUGGCAAAAUCAGCAGCUCAUAUCCUCCGAUCUUCAAGGCCAAGCCGGGCGAGAGCUUUGUCGAGUGGAAGAGGAGUGUGGAGUUUUGGAUUGGAGGGGAGGGGAGUCAACUUCCAAGUGAGCUAGUGGGGCCCAGGAUGAUGGUUCAGUUGAAGGAGAGGGCCGCUCAGCUGGUGAAGCACCUGAGCAAUGAGGACGUGAACAAGCCCGACGGCAAGAAGGUCAUCCUGGCGGCUUUGGAGCGUUCUCCGUUGAUCCGGCAGUUGGACAAGCAUCGGGUCGAUGAGCACCGGCGCAGAAUGAUGACCUUAAAUCGCGCGCCGGGGGAGUCCAUGGAAAGUUACGUCACGAGGGCGUCGAUCUACCGCACCCAUUUGCUGGCCAUGGACGAGAGCAUGGCAAUGGGGGAGGCCUUCUUUGUGGGCCAUUUGGUCGACCACGCCCACUUGACGAGGCGUGACCGGGCUAUGGUCAAGACGAAGGCGGGCAGCGAGACUGACGAGCUCCUCGUGACGAACGCCUUGAUCGAGCUGGCCUGCGAGCUUGAGGGCGAGAGUGGCUACCCGAUUGGAGCGUCCGAGCCGAAUGCCGCUCGAAACGGAGAAGAGUGGCUGUUACAACGAGGAGAAGGGCGGGGUGGCCGCCUGACUCCCAAUAAGCCGCCACGUGGAGUGUUUGCGGCUGACGUGGCGGGGCCAGACCUCGAGGAGAGUGAGGGCAAGACGGAGGAUCCCGGGGAGGAUUCGCUGGAUGAGGGGGAUUUUCCCCCUGAGUUGGCUUCGGUGGUGAACGAGGCGUUCGGGAUCCAACACCGGGCCAAGCAGAAGAUUGCUGAAGUGAAGAAGCUUCGGCAAUAUUACAGGCGGCCCGACCCAGAAGAGCGCAAGAAGGCACUGGCCGAACAGAUGCGGAAGCACCCCUGUCAUGCGUGUGGGCAGUAUGGUCACUGGAGCCGCGAAUGCCCUACGGGUUCCAGAGCUCAACCGGCCCUGCAGAGCCACCAUGGCCCGACGCAGGCGGUGCUUGCAGCCACCUCGCGGAAGGUUCCCUCUACCAGUUUGCCGACGGUGGGCGAGGAGGAUGAGUGGGAGCUUUUGGCUUCGAUGUGCCGCUCCGGUCUCAACCCUGCGAUCGCAGCCGAAACGGGCAUGCAGCGAGCAAGCUCCUCUUGGCAGUAUAAGGGGGAGGGUCGGGACCAGGGUCAUCAUGUCUUUGCGGCCAUCAGCCACCCCAUCAAUGAGAUCAUGUGGUCGGUCAAGGAUUUAAGCGCUCUCAAUGACAUCUUGUGGUCCAUGAAAGAUUUAGCCUACAAGGUGAUUUUGGAUCUGGGGUGCAUGCGUUCGGUCGCGGGUCUUGAGUGGAUCAACAUGUUGGUCAAGCGUUGGAAGGGUGAAGGUCGUUGGUGCCAGGUGAUGGAAGAGCGGGAAGCUUUCAAGUUUGGGGACGGCGAGAUACUUCAUAGUCGCUUCAGGGUGAACUUCGUGGGGAGCUUUGCGGGCAAGCCGGUGGUGUACGGUUUCAGCGUGGUGCCUGGUAGCUGCCCCCCCUUGUUCUCUCGUUCGGGAUGCACACAGAUUGGGGCAAUCAUUGACUGUGAGCAUCAUCGAGUAUCUGUUCGCAAGUUGGGAGUGUCGGCUUAUGGGGUGGGGCAAGAGACAGGACAUUACACCAUGCCAGUUGAUGAGUGCGACAGCGGAAGUGUGCAGCUCCCUGAAGAUUAUCGCCUCCCGUUGCACCAGGACAUUGCUGCUGUGAAUGCUGAGAUUUUGGGUGCUCAAGCUGUGGACUCCGACGACGACAGCUUCCAGAUGACCUACUCGAUGGACCUGGACGCCGGGGAAGAUCGAGACCGGCCGCGCAAGGCGACGACUGUCCGAGGAGCCCGACCGAAAGCCGUGGCGACUCCAUCGACCAAGAGCAAGGAGACCACCCCGGAGGAGCCCGAGGUGAAACAGCUGACCCCCGAGGAGGCGGAGUUCAUCCGAAAGAGGCGCGAGAAGCAGAGACCGCAAGGCUUUGACGGGGGAGUUGGCGGCAUACCCGUCUCUGAGCCACUGCUGGAGCGAGGAGCUGGGGCUGAACAUCGCCGGGGCAACAGCGAGCCGUAUGAGAACAUGGUGCUGGAAGAAGAUGGUGUGGAUGGUGAGGAUCCGGGACGCCGUCGAGCGGGACGGCGACAGGAGGUGGAAACGCAACAGGAGAUGGCUAGCGGGACUCAUCGGGAAGGAGAUCGCCGCGCUAUUCGGCCAUUUCGGGUCGAUGAGGCAGAAGAUGCACGACCCAACCAUGGCCCGGCUGAUGUGACGGGUGGGGCUAAGCGCCCAAACCGGGGAGUGACGCAGAAGCUGAAGAAGGGCGUGGCGGCGGGUCUCGAUGGCAUCCACCUGCUCCAGAAGGCCGUUCAGGACGAUGGCAAGUGGGUCCUCCUGGAGGUUUUCGCAGGCACGGGCCAGUUGACGAGGCGGGCCAAGGAUCGGCCUGGGUGGCGGGUGCUCGAACCGAUCGACCUCAACACCGGCUGGGAUUUGAGUGUUCCAACCUGCAGGGCCUCGCUCCUGAAGUUGAUCGAGGACCAGCAGCCGGACCUGGUGACGAUGGCGCCUUCGAGCGGGCCGUGGAGCACGUGGGAGGCGCUUUGUGAGGAUGCGGACGGUUUGUAUGAGCGCCGGCGCCAACAGCUACCCCUUUGGAAGAUGCUUGGGGACAUCUGGGCGCUACAAGUUCGAGGCCGACGCUUGGCUUUAGUGGAACAGCCGGCUCAAUCUCGUGCUUUUGAGUUGGAAUGGAUGCGAGAAAGGGAGGACGUGACCCGAGCCGUGGUGCACCUGUGUCGGUUCGGCCUGCGCGACCCGGAGAACCACAAGCCCUUCAAGAAGACGACCAUCCUGGAGGUCAACAACCCGAUCAUGGCGAAGGACUUGGUGAAGGGCGCCUACUGCCAGCACCGCCUGCAGGAGCACCAGAGCAUCAAGGGUGAGUGUAAGAUGGGGGAGAUCACCCGGAAGCGGUCUGCUGUGGCCGCCGAGUGGACUCCGGCCUUUUGCGAUCACAUCUUGGAUGCGGCAGAGACUGCGUUGGGGGCCCCCAUAGCGCCGGGCAUCAGUUGGUCUUUGGCGGCCGAGACAGUCGGACCCAACUGGGAAGCGGCACCGGUCACUAGCGGGAGCACUGCCGAGGAGAAUGUGCGCGAGCAGCUGGCCAAACACGGGAUGACUGGGAGCCGCUACGACUAUAUUACCUUCGACGGCGAGGAAGCCCAACAACCUCGGCGCCUCAGGGCCAUGGUCGCCCAUGUGCAUGUGACGCUGGGACAUCUGUCCAAUGAUCGGUUGGCACGCAUGUUCAUUUUGAGCGGGGCCCAGAAGGGGGUCAUUGCGUUGGCGAAGUCCUUGCGUUGCCAGAUUUGUGCGAUGGUCCGGCCCCCUGGACAGGUGCCUAAGGUGUCGUACCGGAAGCCCAAACAGUUCAAUGAGCGGGUCUCCGGGGACACUUUCUUCGUGUGGGACGCCGACAACAACAAGUUCGCGGUGGUCCACUUCUUGGACGCCCUUACGGACUAUCACAUCGGCGACCUCACUGAGAGUUUGACCUCCAACUUUGCACGGGAAGUCCUGACUGACUUGUGGUAUGGAGUGUUUGGCCCACCAGACCACUUGAUCACGGACGGCGGGAUGGAGUUUCGAGGGUCCGUGGAGGCGCUGAACUCCCUCUUCGGCGUGAUUCACGAGGUGGUGCCGGAGGGUGCGAAAUGGCGAAUGGGCCAAGCGGAAAGACAUGGAGCCGUGGCAAAGCUGAUGAUCAUGCGAAUGGUUCGGGAACUACAACUUCGUGGCGCCGGGGAGAUGCGACGGGCUGCCAUCGCGGCGUUUGCGGCGAAGAACCGGACCUGCAACGAUGGAGGCGUUUCUCCCAUGCAGGCCGUCACCGGAAGGAAUGUGAUGCUGCCUGGCUCGCUCAUGGACCAGAUCACCUCCGGCCGAGUACGUUUCAGGUUCAAUGAGGCGGCGACGAAGAGCGAGGCCGUGGCACGCGCCGAGCGCAUUCGCGCAGGGGCGGUGGAAUCCUUCCAUUGGCUGGAUGCGCACCAGGCACUUCGGAAGGCCCUUUCGGCGAAGUCACGACCGCCAGACUUGGAAGGAAUCAAGGAGGGCACCGUCGUCUAUGUGUACGAGCCGCCACCCUCGCGGCGAGGCUUGGCUAGGCGCCUGCAAGACAACCUCAGCUGGUCCGGACCGGGCGUGGUGGUCUGCGUCGAGAAGGAUGGGGAGAUCCCCCGGCGGCUCUGGGUGCGCUUGCGUGGCAAAGUGAAGGCGUACCCCCUCGAGAAGGUCAGGCUUGCCACCGCAGAUGAAGCGACCAGUGCCCAGUUCAUCACGGAGGCCCUGCAGGAGGUUGAGGCAGAGCUGCGGGGCGGCAACCUCCUCGUCGACAACCCCGAGGAGCCGGCGCCAGCAAAGCCAGUGGCGGCGGAAGCGGGGAGCUCCUCGAGUUCGUCCUCGAGUUCCAGCGAUGAGGCAGAUGGGGCAGAUCAAGCUGAACCUGCUGACGACGAGGAGGCCGAGCGAACCGAAAGGCGAGCUAAACUGCUGGAGGAUGUGCCCUGGUCUGUCAAGCGCACUCUGGCGGAUCGGCGCCAGCAGCAAGGGGACGAGGCCUGCGACCCACAUGAGUUGGACUUCCAGAAGAAGCAGCGGCUUUUCGAGAAGCUAUCCAAGCAGUUUGGAGCGCCUUCGAAGCUGCAGGAGGGCGAUUUGCGACACCGCAUGGAGAAUGCGUAUGCCAAGGUUCGGGCGGUGAGGAAGGUGAUUCGCCGGCCGAAGAAGGACCAAGCCGCGAGUUCGCGGCAAGCCAAAGGGGAGCGGGCACCCGGGAGACAGGCCACGGCUGAGGUGGAAGUGCUUGCGGCUGAAGGGGAAGUGCCCAUGCCGGAGAUGACGCCCGGCGAGCUCGAGGCGAUGAUCCACGACACCAUGGGCCAGUGGACGCUGUGGACGGGCAAUUCGGCUUGGAACGGCGUGCAGGAGAUCCUGGAGGUGAGCGCCGAGAUCCGACGCCAAGAAGUGGAGGGCGUCACGGAGGUGAUCACAGGCCGAGCUCGAUCCGAGUACAAGUGGGGCGAGUUGGACAGCACGUGGAAGGACGCUUACGUCGCCCCGCUCAAGAAGGCCAUCCAAGUGUACGUGGACCACGGGGGAAUCAAGGGAGUGCCCCAGGGACAGAUGGUGGAUCCAGCUCGGAUCCUAGGGUCCAGAUUUGUUCUGACCAACAAAGGUGGCGAGGAUCUGGCGGCAGCUGAACUACGGGCCAGGUGGAUUUUCGGUGGCCACCGUGACCCAGACGCUGGUUUGUACGCCACAUCCUCACCUACGGCGAGUUUGCUGGGGCACAACUUGAUAAAUUUUGUGGCGGUGCAGAAGCGAUGGGUCGUGCACUACGAGGACGUAAGCUCGGCCUUUCUGCAGGGGAAGGAACUCCCGCGUCGGGAGAAGAUCUACGUGAGGGUCCCUCGAGGCUAUCCCGACGAGGUCGUGAAGUACCUUGUGGAGCAGCUUGGCGCUGAUUGCCGGGCCGACUUGGUGGAGCUCACGAAGGCGGGGUUCGGUCUGCCUGAGUCCCCGCGGUUGUGGUACUUGGAGUACAAGGACUGCAUCCAGGAGCUGGGUCUCGAAGAGAUGAAGCUGAUUCCUGGAGUGUUCAGGGCAUUCCACAAGCCCCCCCGGCGAGGACUCAGAGCGAUGGCCAGCAUACACGUGGAUGACACUCGCUUCGCUGGAGAUGAGACCGCCCAGGAGAUCUGGGAUCGACUCCGGGCGAGGUUGAAGUUCGGCAAGCAUCGCCAAGCGACCGAUGGCUGGGUUAAGUUCUGCGGCCGGUGGGAGAGACAAGAUCCCGACACCUACGAGAUGGAGUACUCAAUGGACGAGUACGUGAAGAAUAUCCCGCUGGCCAGGAUACGGAAUGACUACGGCGAGCCGAAGACCGAGCCUACCUCAGCGACUACCAUCUCUACUUCAAGGACUUCCCCGGUGAUCCCGGGAACACAGACGAGUACCCCAACGUCUUCAUCGACUUCCUCUCCGAUCCCAGGGACACAGACCAGUACCUCAGCAUCUUCAUCGACCUCUCCGAUCCCAGGGACACAGACCAGUACCUCAGCAUCUUCAUCGACUAACACCACAUCUCCGGUUGAGGGGUCUGAGUCGGACAUUUGGGAGAUUCUACAACGUCGUGUGGUUCACGACGACGGUGACGAACAGCUCACCGAUGGCGAAAAGAAGCUGAUCAGCUCUUUGGUGGGACAGCUCAACUGGGCGGCGAGACAGGGGAGGUAUGACUUGUCGUAUGUGGCGUCAUUGGUUCAGCAGCUGGCUGGACAUGGGAGGAAGGACGCUUUGCGCUGGCUGAACCUGGGGAUCAAGCGCGCCCAGGAGAGCCUCAACUUCAAGGUCCGAAACUUCGGAUGUGAGCUGGAGGAGAUGCUGAUUGUCUCCGUCAGUGAUGCGGCGUAUGGGGCUAUGCCUGGGGGACACAGCCAAGGCGGCAAUUUGGUACUGUUGGCUCACCCCAGCGUUCUCCGGGGCCUUGGACCGGUCUGCAUCCUGGAGGGGAACAGCACCAAGAUCCACCGGGUGGUCCGAUGUUCGAUGUCGGCGGAGAUUUCCUCCCUCACGACCUCCUACGAGCACGGGGACUUUGUGCGGGCGUCGCUGGCCGAGCUCAUCAAUCCGGACUUCGAGCUGACGAGCUGGAAGAAACAUGUGGCGCAAUGGCCCCAUAUUCUCACUACGGACGCGAAGACCGGCUACGACGCUAUCUCUAGUGAAGCCAUGCCGGCAGACAGGAAAAUAGCCAUCGACGUGGCGGUGCUUCGUCAGGCGGUGCUGGAGGAGGGCAUCGGCGCCUUCGUCAGGUGGGUGCCGGGAUCCGAAAUGGCCGCGGAUGGGCUCACCAAAUGGGGGCACAACAAGGUGCUGUGUCGUGUCAUCGGCGAGGGCGAGUGGGCGCUGGCAGACAAUGAGGCAGCGCAAGCACUUAGGCGAGCCGCGGCCCUUAAGAAGGCCAAUUGUCGAAAGGGUCUGAAAGACCAGUAG